UGCUCGGUCUAUACUUACUAUGUCUAUGGCCUAUAUUGUCACACACAAGUGUUGUUAUUACAUAUAAUUUGUUAUCAAUAUAUCAAGUAUAUUUGACUGCCUAAAUAAAUAUUCUAAAGGAUCAAAUUGUUUUCGGAAAGAAAAAUCUAUACAGAUAGGGAAUAGCAAGUGCAAAGAUGUUCUCAAGUGGGCCGAACUAUACGAAGUUAAAGACACAUUUGCGUUUAGCAAUUAAUCGGCUAAAAUUACUGGAGAAGAAGAAAACUGAGUUGGCACAGAAGGCACGUCGUGAGAUUGCCGAUUAUAUUGCUGCUGGCAAAUCUGAGCGAGCUAAAAUUCGAGUGGAGUAUAUCAUCCGGGAAGAUUACAUGGUGGAGGCAAUGGAAUUGCUUGAGAUGUAUUGCGAUUUACUGCUUGCACGUUUUGGUCUCAUUCAGCAGAUGAAAAACCUUGAUGAAGGUUUAGCAGAAGCAAUAUCUACUAUUCUUUGGGCAGCACCUCGUAUUCAAACGGAUGUGCAGGAAAUUAAAGUGAUAGCAGAUAUCUUGACAUCUAAAUAUGGCAGACAGUAUACAGAAGCAUGUCGGGAGGAAGCAAUUCAGACAAUAUCAGAGAAAUUGAAACAUAAGAUGAGUGUGCAGUCACCUUCAAAGUUGCUCGUAGAGAAAUAUUUGAUAGAGAUUGCCAAAAAUUACAAUGUGGAUUAUGAACCAGAUCCACAAGUGAUGGCAGAAGCCCAGGAUGCAAUGUUGAUCGACAUAGGAGCUAACGGAGGAGAAUCGAGAAACAAUUUAGAUACUGCUAGUGGAGGAAUGCCUCAUCCACUUGGUUUUAUAGGUUUUCCACAGGCACCUUUGUUACCUGAUCCUGGAUCUCACUCAAAUAUAGAUUCAGAAAAAGAUACUUUAUCUAUGGGAUUCGUAUCUCCAAUAUCUCCGAUUGAAAAGGAUCAAAAUACUCCUUUCAAUCCUACUUCAUUUUCGUAUAAUAUACCUUUGGAUAAUGCUAACUCGAAUAAACAAGAAGAUUUACCACCACCAUACCAAUCUGAUUUUCCACCUGAUUUAAAUAAACAGUCUGAUGAAAAACCGAAACCUCAGCCUAGAUCUAAAAUGCCAAUGAACAAUUAUCAGCUCCCAGAUCUGCCGGCAGUGCCAACAGAAAACAAUGAUCCGUCUACAAAUCUUCCCGAGAACGAUGAUAUUGAUUUCGACGACUUGAUGAAGCGAUUUGAAGAUUUAAAGAAAAGGAAGUAAUGUUUAUUGUAUAUAAAAGUAAUAUUCGAAAGAUUUUUUUAUUUUAUUGCGAAACGAUAAUGAUAUGUAGAAGUUAAUAAUGCUUUUUAUAAAAAAGGUCUAUUACUACACACACACACAUACACACACAUACAUACAGGGUAGAUCAUAUUAAUCAAUAUACGCGCGAAUAUCUCGAAAAAGAGAAGUUUUUUCAAACAAUGUUUCAAACAAAUUUUAUGAUUUAGGGGGAGAAAUAAUGACAUUAUUAAUUUUAUUAUAGAUGGCUUCACUUUAGAGAUUUUAUCAUGAAGGCCAUUUCUUUAAAUGGAAGUCGAUUUUUUUUUAAAUAAAAGUUGUAACUGGCAAUGAAAGGAAUUCAACGGUUUUUUAUUUUUUGAAAUUGGAUAAUUUUUCACUGAGAUACAGCGUUUCAAAGUUUAAGUGAAAAACUUUCACGCCCAUACAAUAUGCAUAUUUUGUAAUUCCAAACCGCCCUCCAUUUGUGUGUGUGUGUGUGUGUGUGUGUUGUUUCUAUCCAUUAUCUGAACUAGUUCUAUUUGUUCUAUUUGAUGAUCAACUAGCUUUAGACCGAUUGAUACAUAUUUUCUCGCGCUUAGCAUUAUCCAAGAUAAACGAUGUGGACGUGGUAGGGCUUUCAUCCUUUUGGGAUUUUGCGUCCCCUUGCCUCUCACAAUUCGGGGUAAUGCUGAGCGCGGGAAAAUGCGUGUCAAUCGGACUGGAGUUAGUUAAUCAUCAAAUAGAAGCAAUAACAUAAAGAGAAAGGCGGUUUGGAAUUACAAAAUACGCACACUGUAUAUGGAGACGUGGAAGUUUUUCACUUAAACUUUGAAAUACUGUCGCAGUGAAAAAUUAUCCAAUUUCAAAAAAUAAAAAACCGUUGAAUUCCUCUAAUUGCCAGCUACAACUUUUAUUUAAAAAAAAAAUCGAUUAAAAAAAUGAUUAACUUAAAAAAAUGAUUUCCAUGAUAUAAUCUCUAAAAUGGCGUAAUUUACAAUUAAAUUAAUAAUGUCAUUAUUUUCCUCCUCAAAGUCAUAAAACUUUUGUUUGAAAC